ACGUUUCCUUAGCGUUACUCAUACGCACUCCUAUUACAACAUGGCUCCUGAUAUAGCAAUUUAACAUGAUCAACACAAUAAAAAUGCCUGAAUACAGCAAAGGAAUGCGGAGGUCGUUCCCAGGUGCGGACGACACGAUCGUUGUCAGAGAUGGGAGCUCUGACGUUGAAGUCCGACAAAGGGAGUCAUUACUCGAGACGCUAACGGAGUUUUUCCCUGCUGAUGAGCAGGAUCAGCAAGGUCUCGUGAAAUGCGAAACAAAGGAGCGACAUGGUCAAGACAACGAGGAAAAUGAAAGGCGUCAAGAUGACAAAAGCAAAUGCAGUAUAGCAAGUCCUGAUAAUGAUAUUAUAUCCAGCACGACCUCUCUGCGCCGCAAGCAAGUUGCGUCUAAGAAGUCCCUGCUUCGUGAGCUAGAGGGUCUGUUGCAAUCAUGGGUGAAGCAAAUCUAUGACGACCGUGGGAUCAAAGAUGAUGAAGAGCAAGGGGAAAGAGGUGGAGAUCCAGCACAUCCAAAGCAAGACUCUGUAGCCUACGGAAUGAUGGUGCCAUACGG